UUCCACCUACAAACAGCUCCUUUUUCUGCACUUUUACGCUAACGCCUGUUCCACCUUCAGACCAUAUCAUGAAAUUUACGCAGCACGAUGUGCACCAGCGGUUACCGUUAUAUCGUGCAGACAGCUAUGACUGGGACAAGCCUAAAUACACCCAUGUCAUCUCGACUGACCAAAGCCGGUGGCGACUAUCAGUCCGAUCUGUACCGAAACCCGUGGGCCUUGCUCUCUUGCUAUUCAUCGGCACUGUUUCGUAUCUUAUGUCGCUCCAAGGCGACAACCUCCUGUACAUCAACGAGCACUUGGGAAUCAUGGGCGCUGAACUUGUGGUGUCAGUAGCGUGUAUGACUACCAUUACCGUCAUGCUUUACGCGAGCCGCAUGCGCAGAAGUAUGCGACGGGUGACAUUUCUGGCGAUGCUUGGCACAAUGGUUGUGCUGUAUUGCUACGACCACGGCGAGCGCUUCGAAAAGCACGGAUUCUACAACCUCCUGGUGUUUUUGGCAAUCUAUGUGCCAUUGAACAUAGCCAUUGCAGUAUUCUACAUACUGUGGUGCAAGAUUGAGAACUUCCUCGUGUACUUUGCUGUUGCAUCCAUUAUUGCUGGAAUAUCGGCAGGUAUAUCCUUGGUGCACUACAGACGCGUGUUUGACCAAGGUGUGCUGGGUCGAUUCCAGUAUAUCCCCGGCGAGUGCCAAUGGGUCGGCACUAACAUCCCUUAUAUUGACCUGCUGCCUGCCGGUGCACAAAACUUUUGGGCUGGGUCAUCAAAGUGUGCGAAGGAAAAGCUACAGAUCCGCGCGCACAUUGACGAAACCGGCACUCUGCACGUGGACUGUGGACAUGAGGAUAAGAUCUAUGUCGACGUGCUUCCCGAUACACGCCUGUGGCCGAUGAAGGACAAGGAUCUAUGGAAUGGCUACAACCGCAAUGUCCUGAAUGCAACCCGGCGCAUGCCCUACACCAGUGCACCCUUCAUGGUACCGCACGGCAUCCAGUCGGUUGUUGUCCGGUGCGGAUCAAGCAGCAGUGUUGUGACUCGAGUGAGCCCGCCCGCGCGCAGCCUCCCUCAAUACGUCCCGCCUGCGGACUCGGAUACCCGCAGAGACCGGAGCACUAAUGACGACGACUGGUUUGAUGUGAGCCAGAUUGCGCACACACGGAGACAGCGCCCGAAUGUUAUUUUCCUGAUGCUCGAUGCUGUGUCCCGUCGCAUGUUUUUCCGUCGCCUGCCACGCACUGCACGUGUCCUGCGCACCUUGGACCGCCCCGGAACCUCGCGCCUUUUCGAGCUAUAUCGCUAUCAUUCAGUCGGAUUCAGCACGGAUAACAACACCAAAGCUAUGUACACGGGCGAAAUCUACCCAUCAAAAGAAAAGCAGCUGCCGAUCUGGGCAUAUUAUCGCGACCGCGGAUAUGUGACAGCCCGUGUUGAGACUGGCUGUGACGACUGGCCGCAGGAAUAUCUAGCCGACAAGUUCGAUCCGCAAACAUUUGCGUUCUCCGACCGCAGUUUGGACUACGAGCUGACAUCGCCGUUCUGCCUGCCUGAAGUAUACCCGGAAACCGGCAAUGCGUUUGGGAAUUUCAAAGGAACGCACUCGAUCACUGCACGGUGCUUGUACGGAAGGUAUUUGCAUGAAUAUGCGCUCGACUACAUCCGCAAGCUGAAGCGUGAUAUUCGCGCGAGCAGGCGUGAUGGAAAGCCAUAUAUGAUCACUGCUGCAUUCAUGGAGGGACACGAGGGCACUAGCGAGGUCCUUGCCACGAUGGAUCAUGCACUGUCGGAGUUUAUCGAGGGCAUGCGCAAUAGCGGCGAAUUGGAGGACACUGUGUUUAUUCUCGGUGCAGACCAUGGUCUCCACAUGGGACUAAACUUUGCCUUCACGCAGAACGGACGGAUCGAGCACCAGAACCCGCUCUUUGCCAUGUCGAUGCCUGAGUACCUGUACCAGUUUGCUAAUGCAUACCAAGAGCACACAGGUGGCGGUCUGUCGCCAUUCAAGGCGAACGAGCAGCGGCUGAUGACUCCAUUUGAAACGCAUCAUACGUUCCGCGCGUUGGCGGACUGGCCGAAAUUCAAUAUUGACGACUGGAAGCGAUCGCUAUUUUCAGCACAAAAGGCUGGUCGUACAUGCGAGGAGGCUGGUAUCGGCGCCAGCUAUUGUAUGUGCAAGGUCCCAGAGAGCCGGAAUUAGCCGCAUUCACACUACGAGAAUCCACACUGCUAUUCUCUCUUAAAAUACACUUCAUGCUGCAUCCAUCCAG